GUACUUUUGCUAAGGUAUAAACAAUGCAUUAAUUAGAGAAUAAAUUAAACUUAACCUCCUCACUCUUUAUAAAUAAAGUUUUUCAAAGGUUCAAUAAAACCGCAAAGAUGGCUGCCUCCAUACUGAAGUUUGCAGUUGCGGGUAUUUCGAGGUGUGCACGGCACACGUUACCCUCAGUACGGGCAUUGUCUUUGUCUUUGCCCGUCAGACUGGGUGUCCCUCAGUCUUUGUGGAAGUUAGGCAGGCUGAAUCAUGUGGCUAUCGCAGUACCAGAUCUAGAGAAAGCCACCGCGCUGUAUCGGGAUGUUCUGGGGGCUCAGGUGAGCGCAACUGUGCCUCUCCCUGAGCACGGGGUGUACACUGUGUUUGUGGAACUGGGCAACACAAAAUUAGAGCUCCUGCACCCGCUGGGGGAGAAAAGUCCCAUCGCAGGAUUCCUGCAGAAGAACAAAGCUGGAGGGAUGCAUCACAUCUGUAUUGAGGUUGAUGAUAUUAAUGCAGCAAUAGCUGACUUGAAGGAAAGGAAAAUCCGACUGCUCUCCCCAGAGCCUCGGAUAGGAGCCCACGGCAAACCUGUGAUGUUCCUCCACCCUAAAGACUGUGAUGGAGUCCUUGUGGAGAUAGAGCAGGCCUAGAUAUUUGGAAGUCAUUGCAUUGUCUAUCAGACAGCAACGCUGACAUAUUUGGAUGUUCACUUUUGACAUGAAUAAAAAUCUGAUAUUUACUCAAACCCAUGUCACUCCAAACUAUUCUAUUCUGUGACUGUCUUUAAUCACUUAAAGAAUCUUGAUGCUUCUCUUUUUCAUGAAAUUAAACUAAACAGAGACUAAGCAUGUCAGUCACUAACAUUCUCCAUAACAGAUCUUAUUGUGCUCCAUGGAAGAAUUUGUCAUAUAGGUUUGGAACAACAUGAGGAUAAAUGGGAAUAUGUA